ACUCUCUUCUGCGAAGAAUAGCUGCAUACAGCAUGUAGCUAAGUUAAUGUAAAUAAAGUCAGAUAUAUCAAUAAUGCAGAGAAAUAAAUAUCUGUUUAUUCCGCAGUCCAACAGACGACUCCGUAAGUUACAUUAGAGCAAUCAGAAAUCCUCGAUUACCCCAGAAACUGCAUCAAGACAGAAAUAACAUGGUAAUGGUAAGACAAAACUGACUUGCCAAUGUGUAACUAACGCUUAAACUCGGGAAAAGCAGUUUCAUAUGAUCGCAACAAGCAACAUUUACGGUUGUUUUAAAAUACUUCACGUUAUACCUGUUUAAGGAACUUGUUGGUUUGAUUCUGUGAGAGGAAACAUUUGUUUUAAUAGACAGUUAACUACUCUUCGAACAACCACACAGUCUGACUUAUAACUGCUCCCACUAUGGCUACAAAAAUGACUUAUUCUUUUGUGCUGCUCCAAAUGGGACUCCUGUCACAACUAAACAAGCCAUUAUUUCGAUAGCCCCCUGUAUUAUCCCACUUGUGUUGGUGGAGAUGGAAGAGGAUGCAAGAACUUCUGUUCCCCAGUUUGAGGACGAAAGGCCUUUGUUUCACAGUAAUCAGAGACCCCCGGGUCCCUCAGAGCCAUUUGUGCUGUCAGGAAGUGAUGUGAGGGUUCCAUACACUAUCAAUCGAUAUUUGCGAGACUACCAGCGACAAGGCAUUCAAUUCAUCUAUCAUAACUAUGCUAAAUCCAGAGGAUGCAUUUUGGGGGAUGAUAUGGGCCUUGGAAAGACCAUUCAGGUCAUUGGCUUCCUGGCUGCAGUUUUGCGGAAAACAGGUACAUGGAAUGAUGUAGAGAACAAUAGGCCACAGUUUCUGCUGUCACAAAAAUCAUCAGAACAGUCCAAAAUUCAGAAGGUUUUCCUCAUUGUGGCUCCACUAUCUGUCCUAUACAACUGGAAAGAUGAGUUGGAUACCUGGGGUUAUUUCAGAGUGGUGGUUGUGCACGGUGUGAGGAAGGAUGAAGAACUGGCACGUGUGCAGAGAGGAAGAUGUGAGGUUGCUCUUACCACUUAUGAGACCAUCAGAAUCUGUCUUGAGCAGUUCAACAGUAUUGAUUGGGAUGCUGUCAUUGUGGACGAAGCUCACAAAAUAAAGAACCACAGGUCCCAGAUCACUCAGGCCAUGAAGGAAAUGAGAUGUAAAGUAAGGGUCGGGCUUACAGGAACUGUUCUUCAGAACAACCUGGAGGAGUUGUGGUGUGUUAUGGACUGGGCCAUUCCCAGAUGUCUGGGGUCUCUGGCGAGUUUUAAAAACAGGUAUUCAGACCCAAUUGAGCACGGGCAGAAACACAGUGUUACAAAAAGAACUCUGGCAGAAGGUCGUAAGGCAGUUCAGGAUCUGGCCAAAAGACUUUCACGCUGGUUCCUCAGGAGAACAAAGGCCAUCAUUAGUGACCAGCUACCUAAGAAAGAUGACAGAGUGGUGUAUUGCUCUCUCACAGACUUCCAGCAGACAGUGUACCGUGCUGUGCUGGACACAGAUGAUGUGACCCUGCUGUUGCAGAGCUCAAGAAAUUGUCACUGUAGCAGUGGACGUCCACGGAAGAAGUGCUGCUACAAACUCAACGCAGAUGGUGUGCCUGUCAGACACCUGUACUUCAGCUAUCUAGCCAUACUGAGGAAAGUGGCCAAUCAUGUUGCACUACUGCAGACCAAAGAAGGAUCCAGCAAAAAACAGGAGAAAUAUGUAACAGCCAUUUGUGAGCAAGUUUUCAAGAAAUUUCCAGACUUCACAGAGAGGUGCAAACAGGCAGCAUUUGAAGCAAUGUCAGACCCAAUGUACAGUGGAAAAAUGAAGGUUCUGCAAAAGCUUCUAAAUCACUUUAUCAUAAAGAGAGACAAAGUUCUACUUUUCUCCCUCUCCACCAAGCUGCUAGAUGUUCUGGAGAGCUAUUGUAAGGCAGAGGGUCUGGAGUUCCACAGACUGGAUGGAAACACCAAGUCUAAGGACAGAGUUAAGAUAGUUAAAGAGUUCAACAGCUCUCGGGACAUAAACCUGUGUCUGGUGUCUACCCUGGCUGGUGGACUUGGUCUCAACUUCAUAGGAGCGAAUGUGGUUGUGUUAUUUGAUCCAACAUGGAACCCUGCCAAUGACCUUCAGGCUAUUGACAGGGCAUAUCGUAUAGGCCAAUGCAGGGAUGUGACAGUAUUUAGACUCAUCUCUCUGGGAACAGUAGAGGAGAUUAUAUACCUGCGCCAGAUUUACAAACAGCAACUUCAGUUGUCAGUUAUAGGCCAGGAGAAUGCACGACGGUAUUUUGAGGCUGUUCAGGGUACCGAUGGCCAGGCAGGGGAGCUGUUUGGCAUCCACAACCUAUUCCGCCUGCAAACUGAUGGCACCUGCCUAACCCACCGCAUCCUGGAGAGGGAGGGCAGAGUGGAGAUGGGGAACAUGAUGGCCAGAACACAAGCUGUGGACGAGAGGAUGCAUGAGCCAGAUCCUCUGUCAGCAGAUGCUUUUACUGCGCGAGCAGGUGGGUCAGCAGUCACUGGAUUCAAACCUGCUGGAGUUUUGGAUUUCAGUAGUGCAAGUGAGGAUGAAGAUCCCUGCUGCUCUAGGCCGCGGACCUCAGAACCACACACAGCAGAGGAAAUGGGACCUGGUGCUUCCUGUAUUGAAAAUUCAAGCCUUUACAGUCUGCUCCAGAAACAUAUAGCUCAGAGAAUACAGCAGGGAACAGACAGCAGUGAAGAAGAGUCAAGUAACCAGAGUCAGGAUGAGGAGAACUGGGAAAAGCCCACCGAGAUUAAGGGCGAAAGAUCUAAGACAGGCUGGGAUCUGUCCAGUAAAUUACAGGAGAUGAUGGAGGGAGACUCUGCCUGUAAACCUCAUGGAUCCCGAGCACAGACAAAAUCAGAUCUCACUGUGAAUCUAGUUAAACAAACACAUAUGGAAGAGUCUGCAGACCUUGUGGUUCUUCCACAAAGAGCUCAUGAACAUGGCAAUGACUGGAUAAAUGGUGGCAAGAAUCAUUUUCACAAGUUUGCAGAAAAAAGGUCUGAAAAUGAUAUUGAAAGUUUUUCUUCUUCUGAAGAUGAAGUGCCCCAGGAAAGAGUAAAAUUUGUGAAGGGUCCUUCUUUUCCACAGGAGAAUAAACCAUUCCACAAACUGCCUUUUGGGAGGGAUAACACUGCCCAAAGAUCUGUUAGGUUUACAGGCUUAAAUAGCCGAAAUACACUGCAAACACCUGGAUCUGACAAGACCCAGUCCAGAAAAGGACACAUUGGAACCAUAGACUCAUUAUUAGGUGAACUUCAGCAUGUGAGCUACACCCACUCUAAUCAGAAGGUAGUGGGCUCAAGCAGAGCAGAAGACCACCUGAGCCGUGCUGCCGUAAGAGAUGUGUUUGAACUCAACAUGCACUCACAACUUCCAGCAAACCAGCUUCUGGAUUUAUCAGAGACUCCCACCCAGUUAUCUGAGCCUAUACUCGCAGAUCACAGCCAUGGAGGUCAGACACCACUGGCAUAUGACAGACCCCACAUGGAGCAUCCGGUCACACACUUCAUCAAAACCUCUUACCGCCAGAAAAAUGCGACUUUCAUUGUAGGCGAGACACCCAGUAGUAUCCGCAGGCAGCAGCUGGAGGAGAUGGCUCGGUUCUUUGGAGCUGACUCCGUGCAGGACUUCGCAGAAGAGAUUCUGAAGAGUGAUUCUGAGCAGAGACUUAACCGAUUACGGAGCUUCUAUGGCCAGAAGAGCCCUGAAAUCAAGGACAUCAUCAAAAAGACUUUUUCUAAACCCAACGCUGAGCCAAAGCCACCCACAUCACCGGCACCCGCUAAGUCCAGUCCAGCCAGACAAAGACAUACUUCAAAAAGAGCCCACCCAAGCUCGCCUCUUAAACCUCAGGUUGAGAUACCAACCACUAAAGUUAAGGAUCAGAAAAGAACAUUAAAGAAAAAGAGAAUGUGUGGUACAAAAACCCCUGAGGUUCACCAUCAUUGCAGUACAGACCUCACAAACAACAAAAUUAAGACCUUGUCCUCCACAAAUGACUCAGACCAGAGUGUAAACAGAGUCUUUCUUUUCCAGUCAACAAGUUCUGGACAUCUUCCUCAAAGGAGCCGUGCACCAACAGGAGAAAGUAAAAUCAACAAUGGAAGUUCCUCACCAGUCAGACAACCUUUUGAGGACCAGGAAUACCCUUCAGGGUCAUCUCCUUUCCCAAAAAUGUAUUGCGCACCAUCAAGCUCAACCAAGAACAACAGUUCCCUCAUCAGUGACCUUAUUGGUGAUACAUCCAUUCUGAAUGACUUGUUCAAACCAAAGAAGAAGAGGGUAGGGCAGCCGAGAGAAGCAACAACAUCCACAUGUACAGAGAGAGCAAAGAGUAGAGGAAAGGACUUUUGGGAUAUUUUGAAUGAAGGAAAUGAGGAGAGCAUUAAUAAACUCACAGAUCUGUCUGAGGUGGAGAAGAUCUGUAAGAGUGUUAGUGUCUCUGCUAAGUCUAGGAAUAAUGAGAAAACUAAAGGCUCUCAACUCUGGAAGAAAAAUGAGAAAUUUCUCUGGAAACUCUAAAGAGUUCCUCCAUUAUUUUUAUUUUAUUGAAAAUAAACUAUGUUUUACUAUGUUAAGUUUUAUAUCAAGGGUAGACAUUUUUAAGUGCAUUUUCAUUCAUUUAUUUAUUUUGAUUUUGGAGGGUUCAGUUUGAAUAAUUAAAAGUGUACGCUAUAUUUGACUAGCAAUAUAUGUAAAGUAUUAGUGUCUUUUUCAUUGAUAUGAUUUUGAGUUCAUGUUUUAAUGAGGGCACAAGAGUUUCAUUUUUAUUGUCUCUUAAAAGGAAAAUUCAGAUCUCAUUACUGACACUUCAUUAAAACAUUAAAAACACUUCAAAUGAGUGAAUAUUACAAUAAAUCAACAUUAACAAAGAUGUGGGUUCAUUGGUUCAUUCAGCAGUACAGAUUUUGGAAGAAGUGCUAUUCUUGGAAAAACUGAGAAUUUAAUGUGUCGUAAUUUGUAUUUGAUAAUCUAUGAGAUAAUGGAAUAUCCUUUUCAGUAAGGGCAUGUGGGGUAGAUGAAUGUUGAAAGUGAUUUGGCAAUAUUUACUAGGAUACAUAUAAAUUGGAAACAGCAAUUUAUUCACUGUUUUGUUUUACUUGAAACAACAAAAAUCAUCCCCCACAUAUCAGUGCUUUGUAUUUGGUUUCAGGCAAGCUAAAUGACUUAAUAGUUGGUGGUCUUGAGGCUUCAGACCAGUAAGUGGCGUAAAUAGUUUUGUAGUGGUGUAACUGCUUUGACGAAGUGGCGUGAAUCUCUUUCUUUCUUGCCGCAGUCACUUUUCAUGGAAACUUGAGACCACUGCUGCUCUUUUCAUCUCAACGCCUAUGACCCUGUGGCUGUCUCUCUCGGUGCUGCUGCAUUUUCAGUCUUCAGUGCCUAAGUGGCACUAUAAGAGCAAUGAUAUGUGUGACCCGCAGCUGUUGUUUGACAUUUCUCAGCUAUUGUGCUGAUGUAAACAGAGGGUCUUUAGAGGGAUGGGUAGGAUUUUCACCCUUACCCCCAUCUUAAAUGCUGCAAUCAGGUUGUGCUGAAAUGUGCCAAUACACAGGAAGACAAGUUGGUGCUACAACAGGACACGUGAGACUUGCUCUGAAUCCCACAGCUUGUGAGAUCUCACCAAACUUAAAAUACUCACAGUUUCAAAAGUAUAGCCACAAGACAUAAACAAUAUGCGUGUUAACAUGAUUUUACUGUGAUAAAAUCACUUACUAACCUUUUCUGUGUAAAGUUAUAUACAAUUUUACAACUUCGUUGCCAUCAUGAUGUAAUGUCAACAAACCCUUAAACCCUAAAACAAAUGUAAAAAUUACAAUUUAAACAACUUUAAAGCUCAAAUAAUACAUGAUUUUUAACAGAAGAUUUAGUGUAAGUGCUUUUAUAAAAUUAUAAGCUUCACAUUUCUGCAUUUAAACCCUCCAAAUAUUGGCCCCAAUCACUUUCAUUGUAAGUUCGAUUUUUGCUUCUUUUAUUUUUUUAAGAAAAGUAAAACAAUUUUUUGUGGUAAUCAACAUUAUGCCACAAAUGAUGUUGAUUGAGCUGAACUUGUAUUGAAUCCAGAAUAUUGUUUUAAUGUUUGCUGAGAACUGAUUUUAUGUUCAGAUUUAAAGGGAUAGUUCACCCAAAAAUGAAAAGUAUGUGAUCCUUUUUUCACUUACAUUGUUUUAAACCAAUAUGACUAACUUUUUUCCAUGGAACACAAAAAGGAGAUUUUAGGCAAAAGGACAGCUUCAGUCACUAAUACUAUUGACUUUAAUUGAAUAACAAAAAGGUGCAAUGAAAGUGAAUGGUGCCUGAGGCUAACAUUCCGCCUAACAUCUUUUGUGUUCUAUGGAGGAAAGAAAGUAAUUCAGUUUGGGACAACAUGAGGGUGAGUAAAUGAUGACUGAUGAUUUGUCCCUAUAACAUUUUAGCUGUUCCACAGAAAUCUACCACUUCAUUUUAUUAGGAAAUUAUAGCUGUGGUUAUGAAAAAGACUUGUUUACCACCAUUAAGGUGAGCCUGCAUGCUUCAGCAACACUGAUUUUUCUCCCAUUAAGUGUAACAUGAGUAACAUCUUUAAUACGACACUUCACAAAAUUAUUGGAAAAUGCAGUAUAUCAAACUCUCACUUAAAACUGACUCACAUAAAUCUGACCCAAAACUGAGGUUUUGACCCCAAAUGAUUUCCCACAUAUUCAGAUGUAACUCCUCCUUUCCUUGACCUAAUUUGAAGUGUUUAACAUGUACUAAUGUGAGUGAUUAAACACGGCUAAUCCCACUUCCCAGAAUCCAUUUAUUG